GGGGCCCUCCGACAGGGGUGCCCGGGCAGCAGCUGCAGAUGCAGAACCCCCUGUACCCGGUGACCGAGAACUCCUACGGCGCCUACGCCAUCCUGCUGUUGGCCCUGGUGGCGUUCGCCGUGGGCAUCGUGGGCAACCUGGCGGUCAUGUGCGUGGUGGGGCACAGCUACUACCUGAAGAGCGCCUGGAACGCCAUCCUGGCCAGCCUGGCGCUCUGGGACUUCCUGGUCCUCUUCUUCUGCCUGCCCGUCGUCAUCUUCAAUGAGCUCUCCAAGCAGCGGCUGCUGGGGGACGCGUCCUGCCGGGCCGUGCCCUUCUUGGAGGUCUCCUCUCUGGGGGUCACCACCUUCAGCCUCUGCGCCCUGGGCAUCGACCGCUUCCACGCGGCCACCAGCACGCUGCCCAAGGUGCGGCCCGUCGAGCGGUGCCAGUCCAUCCUGGCCAAGCUGGCCGUCAUCUGGGGUGGGCAGUGCCCAGUGGGGGACUCCCGGCCACCUGUCGCUUGA